CGGCAACGCAGUGUCCUUCAAACGCGAGCGUCAAAAAAGGAAAAUUUUGGAAAACUCUCGCUCUUCGACUCCGCGCUAUCUCCUCGUCUUCACCCGCCUUAACAGAUGCUCUCUUCUUCGUUUUCUUCUUCUUCGACGAUUCCCCCUCUAAGAAACAAAAACCCUAAUUUUCUUAAAUCUCUGAGAAAUGGAGCUCUCAACAACCGAGUCGUUUUCACCGCUCAAUUCUCUCGUGCCGUUUCCCUUCGGUGUUACGCUUCUACCAGCGGAUUCGAUCGAGUUCAAGUUCGAAAUCCGGUAGUCGAGAUGGAUGGUGAUGAAAUGACGAGAAUUAUCUGGAGUAUGAUAAAAGACAAACUUAUAUUACCUUAUCUUGAUUUGAACAUAAAAUACUUCGAUUUAGGGAUACUGAGUCGGGAUGCGACUGAUGACAAAGUUACUGUCGAAGCUGCUGAAGCAGCCCUGAAGUAUAAUGUUGCUAUCAAAUGUGCAACAAUAACUCCUGAUGAGACAAGAGUCAAGGAAUUUGGACUGAAAUCUAUGUGGAGAAGUCCUAAUGGGACUAUUAGAAACAUCUUGAAUGGUACUGUCUUUCGUGAACCUAUCCUAUGCAAGAAUGUUCCAAGAAUUGUUCCCGGUUGGAAGAAACCCAUAUGUAUUGGCAGACAUGCAUUUGGUGACCAGUAUCGUGCCACUGAUACAAUAAUUACUGGACCAGGAAAGCUUAAGAUGGUUUUUGUCCCAGAAGGUGGAGACAAGCCAGUGGAGCUUGAUGUCUACAAUUUUAAAGGCCCUGGCAUAGCACUUUCUAUGUAUAAUGUUGAUGAGUCAAUUCGUGUAUUUGCUGAAUCCUCUAUGUCAUUGGCUUUUUCAAAGAAGUGGCCUCUUUACCUGAGCACAAAGAAUACUAUUCUUAAGAAGUAUGAUGGCAGGUUUAAGGACAUAUUCCAGGAUGUGUAUGAGAAAAAUUGGAAGGACAAGUUUGAAGCACAUUCUAUAUGGUAUGAACAUCGACUAAUUGAUGACAUGGUGGCAUAUGCCCUAAAAAGUGAAGGGGGAUAUGUUUGGGCAUGCAAAAAUUAUGAUGGAGAUGUCCAAAGUGAUCUACUUGCUCAAGGAUUUGGCUCUUUGGGCUUGAUGACUUCUGUGUUGUUGUCAUCUGAUGGGAAGACACUAGAAGCUGAGGCAGCUCAUGGGACUGUAACUCGACAUUUCAGGCUUUAUCAAAAGGGACAAGAAACCAGUACAAACAGUAUUGCCUCUAUAUUUGCAUGGACAAGAGGACUGGAGCAUAGGGCCAAACUAGAUAAAAAUGGAAGGUUGCUGGACUUUGUUCACAAGUUGGAGGCUGCUUGCAUCGAGACAGUUGAGGCAGGAAAAAUGACCAAAGAUCUCGCCAUUUUAAUCCAUGGCCCCAAGGUAUCAAGAGAGUUUUACUUGACCACUGGAGACUUUGUUGAUGCUGUUGCCAUAAAUCUUGAGCGGAAGCUUCAGCAACCGACCAUGUGCUAGUAGAUACUUAUAUUGUCAGGUGAUUCCCUGAGAUUUGAAGAACUUUUGCGAGAUGAGUUUCUUUUAUUGAUUGUUACACUUGUAGCAGCUUUUGUUGCUUCCUUUGGAUAAAUAAAAAAAGCAAAGUUUAUCCAAAAAAAA